AUAAAUAAUGUAAAAUUAUUUUGCUGAUUAAUCGAUUAAAUUCCGUAUAAAGUUGCAUAAAGUUAAUUGUAUUAUCAUUCUUGUAUUAUAUGUACAUAUCUGAUACGUAAAUAAAUGUAUUUGUAAAAUAAGGUUGAGAACCCGAGUCUCCUAACCUUUAUACCAAAACAUAAUCAGUAACGAGACUUGAAUAAAUAUUUAAUAUCUAAUUCUAUCUUUAUUUAAAAAAUUAAAUUUACGUGAAUUUCAUUAAUUCGUGUUUAAUUAAAAAACCUUUUAUUAAUUUAUACGAAUAUUAUAUUACUUUUAAUGUUAUAUCUGUGGAUGUGUGUAUGCUUACAUGUGCAAUCAUGAGUCGUACAAUUAAUGAAACGAAAAGAUUAAAAUUGCAAAAUGAUGACAAGCAAGAUCCACAAUCCUUACAUAAUAUAUGUAGUUGGCUUCAUCUAAACAAAACAGCUAUAGAAUAUCAUGAUUUAAAGGAAGUCAAGAUUAUAAGUUACAAUGAAUUGCAAGCGAUGAAAGAAACAGUUUCGAAUUGUUUGAAACCUAUAGACUAUCCUGAAUUUAUUGGUAUUAACUGGGAUAUUUUAGAAUACUGUGUUCCUUCUUUAAUGCUUGGAAUCCUUGAUAGUGGACAUGCUUUUUUCAAUGUACCUGCAGAUCCAUCGACAUCUAAUCAGAUGUUUACCUGUUUACAUGUAAACUAUGUUUUUACAAAAUAUGUGACAUCCAACAGGGAGAUCAUAUGUCAAUUUGAUAUUCAUAGACAACCAAUAUAUUUGACAAAAUUAAUAAAUGUCCAAGGAAAAAACAUUAAUAAAAGAUGGUAUCGUUUUGCAUAUGCAAUUGCCACUUCAGGCUCAACCGGAAUCCCAAAAAUUGUUAAAGUGCUGCAUUCCUGCAUAUUACCUAAUAUUACAGAUUUAAGAAAAAUUCUUUAUAUAACCGACUCUGAUAAAAUUGCACAACUUACAAAUUUUACCUUUGACCCUAGUAUUGUGGAAGUUUUCUUAAGUUUUUCCUGUGCUGCAACUCUGUUUAUGGUUUCAAAACUAUUAAAAAGUGAAGCUAACAGACUCUUAGAGGAAAUAUUCCAUACCCAUGUAACAGUUCUUCAAAUUACUCCAUCACUUCUUUUUAACAUGUGGACUACUGAACAUUUAAAGACAACAAUCUUGGACAAAGAUUCUAAAUUAAGAAUUCUUCUCUUGGGUGGAGAACCAUUUCCUAGUAUGAAAUUAAUAUUAAAAGCUAGUCAUAUACAGAAUAUGACACGAAUAUUUAAUAUCUAUGGUAUAACUGAAAUAUCGUGUUGGUCCAGUAUUAAUGAAAUAACCAAAAACAAUAUAGAUGAAUCUUGUUUAGGUGAACCAUUGUCAGAAACUACAUUUCAAGUUAGAAAUGAAAAUAAUGAAAUGAUAACUAGUGGUGAAGGCACUCUUUAUAUUGGAAGUAUCAAUAGAAUUUGUAUCAUUGAAAAUGAAAUUGAUGAAGAUUUAAAUAAGCCAAUUUUUCGUAAUACGGGCGAUAUAGUUUCAACAAAUGAUCUAGGUAGAAUAUUUUAUAAAGGAAGACAAAAUAAUAUCAUAAAAAGAUUUGGAAAUAAAGUGAAUUUAUGGGAACUCGAGAAAGUCACGACGGAAUUAAAUUUUGUACGACUUUGUGCCACAUUUUGGGACGCAAAAAGUCACAAAUUAUAUCUGUGUAUAUCUACUACAAAACCGAAAGAAGAAUUUCCAAAAUUAAAAGAAGAUAUAAUGUCGCAUCUAAAAAUAUUAUCGGCGAUAUAUAAGCCUGAUAAAAUAAUUAUAAUAGACGAUUUUAAUUUUACCACUAGCGGAAAGAUUUGUCAUGCGUCAUUAAAAAAAGUAUGCCAAGAAUUUGAAACAGAAAUUAUUAUAAACGAUUUGCAUGUUGAUGCAGAGGAAACAUUUAGAAACUUUUGGAACAAUCAUGUACAAUCUAAAGACACUGGUUUUUUAACAUCAGGAGGUACGUCAAUAGCAGCGCUUCAAAUCUCAAGCGCUGCCGCUGAAGCCUUUAAUGCGGAAUUCCCCGGAUUAAUUGGUAUAUUACUUAAGGAUGUUACGUACAAUGAAUGCAUCAAUUAUAUUAGAGAUACUUUAAUUGACCAAAACUGUAGCCAGAAUGUCAAUCGCCGCAUUGACAUUUCUUUUGAUGACAAGUCUUCCCAAAAAAUGUUUAACGCAGAAGAAUCUCUAAGACAAUCAUCGAAUAAUUCUCUAUCAUUGUCAAAUAAAGAAAAUUUUCGUCAGUGGUAUAAAUGUAGAGGAAAAACUUACAGUAAUAUAUUACAAGAAGAAAGUACUGUUCUCUCACAAGAAAGUAUAUCGAAUAUUAAAGUGUUAGCAACAUAUAAUUUGCAAAAGUGCAUCGAUGCCUCGCCAAUUGUUUACCGUUAUUCCAAAACAGAAUUGUACGCAACAGUCGGCUCACAUUUCGGCAUUAUAUGUACUGUUGACUUGCUAGAAACCAAUAAUAAAUCGUACGAGAUAAAAUUACCAGACAGGAUAGAAGCUUCUGUUUUAGUCCUAGCUGAAUUUCGCGGUAUUGUAGGUUGUUAUGAUGGGUACGUGUACUGUGUCCAUUUAAAAACAGGCGAAAUAAUUUGGAAAUUUCAAACGCAAGAUAUGGUGAAAUGCACAGCAAUAACGUGCACACAAGGAAGCAAAAUAUUUAUGGGUUCCUACGAUCACUAUGUAUACUGUCUUUCGAUAAAGGACGGUACUCAAAUAUGGAAAACUGAAGCUAGCAAAGGUGGAAUUUGUGCUACCGGUUGUUUGCAUCGACAAUCGACUUCGGUUCUUUUCGGGACACUGGAUGGUUCGUGUUUGGCUCUACAACAAUCUUCCGGACAGAUUAUGUGGAAACGUAAAUUGCAGAAUCCGAUUUUCGUCGCGCCAGUUGUUCUUCGAACCGGAUAUGUCUUAUUUUGUUCCGUGGCUGGAGAAUUGUAUAGUUUCGAUAUCGAAACCGAUUGUCAGAUGUGGCGAUAUGUGAUAUAUGGCAAUGUGUUUUCGUAUCCCGUGAUAUGGAAUGUCGAGUCUACAAACAACGAAUAUGUUAUUUUGGCUAGCCAUAACAAACAUGUGUAUUGUUUGGAGAUGCCAUUCAAGAUGACUGAAGGAAAUGAACCAAAAUUAAAAUAUACGUUACAAUUGCCUUCGCCUAUUUUUGCGACUCCUUGGUGUGAAAAUGGACGUAUGUUUGUAGCGUGUACAGAUGGUAUUCUUAAAAUAUUCGAUCUUUUGGAAGGAAAAUUGUUGGCAAUCAAGCAACUUCCCGGCGAAACGUUUUCCUCGCCAAUUGUUCACAACGAUCUCGUUGUCUUGGGCUGCCGAGAUAACAAUUUUUACGUUUUGAAAUUGUGUGCGACAUAAUGUAAAAA